CCAUAAUCUGUCAAGUAGAAAACCCAACCUAAACAUGGCGUCAGACGGGGACGACGUUAUUAGUGACCAAGAAAAAGUGAAAAUAGUAUCGGAUUUUAUUCUCCAUUCGCCACCCGGUGAAUUUAAUGAGGUAUUUAAUGAUGUUAGAAAACUUUUAAACGACGAUGACCUCUUAAAAGAAGGUGCCAGCGGGGCAUUCGCCCAGUAUAACAAAGAUCAACUGACCCCCGUUAAAAUAGAAAACGCCGAUCAUUUAGUGCUUAUUACGGAAUACAACGAUUUAGGGAAUAAUAGAUUCUUCGACCCCAGAAGUAAGCAGAGUUUUACCUAUGAUCACCUGAGAAAAGAAGCCUUAGACUACCAAGUCUAUACCCCCGAUAGUGCUUCUGAGCCUUGGCGGGCAGCCUUAGACUCCGAGUUCAUUCAGUACACUAGGAACCAUUACAAAGAUGGAGUAUGUAGUGUGGUAGGCCGCAACCAGAGCGGGGUUGUUAACUUAACAGCUUGUAUCGAAGACCACCAGUUCUCUCCGAAGAACUACUGGAAUGGGAGAUGGAGAUCUCAGUGGUCCAUUAGUCUAACUGAUGAUUCCACUGCUGAGGUGAGAGGGGUACUCAAAGUACAGGUCCAUUAUUAUGAAGAGGGUAAUGUACAAUUAGUAAGUACUAAAGAAAUAAAAGAAACUGUUCCUGUUUCAUCUGAGGCACAAACUGCCAAAGAAAUCAUCCAAGUAAUAGAAGCCGCUGAGGAUCUCUAUCAGACGGCAAUUUCAGAAAACUACCAGAACAUGUCAGAUACAACCUUCAAGGCCCUACGAAGACUUCUUCCUGUCACCAGGACAAAAAUGGAUUGGAAUAAAAUCGUAUCCUAUAGCAUUGGCAAAGAACUCAAAACGCAAUGAUUAGUGACUGACUUUUAAUGGAAAGAAUGGCCAAGAUGGCGAAUGUAAGGAUGGCAUUGUUGUGAAUCAAGGGGCAAUUGUUUUUAUUGUAGUAUUUUAUCUGUCCUUCCUUAUGGCUGGUAUGUUAUGGUUUUAACACAAUAUUACCCAAUACUGGAAUAGGCAUACUACUUUUUAUCCCCUUUAAAAAUAAGUUUGCUCAAGCUCCUCAAAAUAUUGUGACAUAUUGGCUGUAACGUCAUUUUUUGUUGCAAAGCCAUGCCAUUUAAGGCAUUUUUAAAGUUUACAAACAGAAAAUAGGUGUAUGGGGCUAAAUCUGGCAAAUACAUGGAUUGUGGAUUAAAAACUAUCCCAGUAGAUGUAAUUUUCCACUCAGAAGAGCAUUACUCUUUUUACUGGGGAAUUGGUUGACAUUCUGUUACUUUUUCUUGCUAAUUAUAAUGAGCUUUGUCUCUUUUACGUUUAUAUUGAGUCCAUUUAGUUCACUGUAAUACGUGAUUUUGUUCAUAAAUAUUUGGAGGUCUUCUAAGUUGUCCACAUAUACUAACAGUGCCAUCUACAUAUCUGAUAUUGUUUAGCCGGUACCUGUUUAGUAGAAUAUCCUUUUCAGUUUCAUGCAAAGCUUCGAUAAAUACUCUUUCAGAGUAGAGAUUUAAGAUUAGAGGAGACAAAAUACAGCAUUGUCUCACUCCACACAUGAAUGUCACUUAUUCUUUGUGUUCAUCUUCAACUCUGAGAUUUGUGGUAUGAUUCCAAUAAGAGUUUCCAAUAAUUUUCAGAUCUUGUUUGUCAAUUUCUGCUUCUUUUACUAUUUGCACCAUCUUGGCAUGAUGUAUUAGAUCAAAUACUCUCUCGUAAUCAACCAGACAUGCGUAUAUGUCACAAUUGACAUCUCUGCAUCUCUUGAAUAUGACUUGUACUGAGAACAAAGCUGCUGAGAAACAGCAUUUAUGAAACUGAACUGGUUUGGGGAAAUUAGACACAGCUUGUAAAUCCUCUUAUGGAUUAUCUCUAGGAACAUUUUAGGAGAUGACUCACAAGGCUUAUUGUACAGUAUUCUUCGCAUUUUUAGCUCCUGUUUUUUUUUGUGUGCAAUAAACUCAGACUUCAGCCAUUUUCUUGGUAUUUUUCCUGAAUUGUAUAUUUAGUUGAGUAUCUUUGUGACUGCAAGUAUGGGAGCGUUCAAGUAUUACGUAAGGCAACUUGGGGGGAGGGGGUCUUGUAAAACGUUAUGGUGCGUUACAUGGGGGGAGGGGGGUUCGAACAGCGCGUUACGUAACAUUGCUUUUUAACUUAAAUGUAAAUAAAAAAGACUACGGAAUCAAAAUCUCCCAACUUGGUAACUUUUGUUUAUAUUUUACGAUACCUACGAUUUGAGAACCCUUAAAUUGUAUUAUAUUGCCCCUCAUGAUCCGCUCAUGUUCCGGCCCUUCUACAACUACAAUAGGACAAUAUAGUAUCUAUUCAAGUGAAAAAUCUUUAAAUUUGUCACCAGAUCAAGAACAGUAACACAUGUUUGCAAUAAUUAGCUCGACGUUUUUGGAGAACAAAAGCUUACAAGAUACAGAUUACAGAUGGGAUUCAGACCAAAGAAAUUUUAAGAGAGGGUCAUAAAUCGUUUGUCUACUCGUUUUCUGAAGUCCAUAUGCAGUCUAGUUUUCUCAGUGUUCUACAGUAUUCAUUAGGGUUUUAAAUACGUAAUACAGAGAAACGUAUUGCUCUUGUCAGUGUUGUUAAAGUGAAUUAAUUCAUACUUUAAUUAAUUAAAUGUCGUUUUUAUCAUUACCGCAAAAAGUCGAGAAAGUUUUUAUUACCGCAAUCAAUCAAUUUUUUACCGACUUGGUACUUUUCGCAACAUAAUUAUUGUUCCAUUUAGGUUAAAAUGGUCAUUUGGGUGUUCCGUAACGGUUUGGUAGGGGGAGGGGGUACAGAAAAACGUUACUCUGCGUUACAUGGGGGGGGGGGGUCAAAAAUUUUCAAAAAUUGCGUUACGUAAUACUUGAAAGCCCCCUAUACUGUAUCUUGAAUAUUAAAAUGAUUCAAAAAUAUGUGCAGCAUAAUAGAAAAUAAGUCCCUUGAAUCUCAAGAAUGCCACCUUUAUCAUCCGCACAUUUCGCGCAUUCAUGUUGCUUAGGAAUGUUCUUUUGUAAAUAUUGGUCGACCUUGUUAAGUUUUCUGACAGCAGGGAUAGCCAAUUUUUAGAAUAAUUAAAAAUAUAAAAUGCUUCUUAAAAUUAUUGUCAUUUCAUCUUUAUAUAUAAUUUGUUAUUAUUAUUAUCUUUUUAGUAUCUUAUUUUUACCUAUGUGUUCUUCCCCUAGUUGAUAAAACAGUGUCUGCUGUUUCACAGGAACACACGGUUUUGCUGUUUUUGUAGCCUACCCCAGCAAACGAAGCAUUCAAAAAAUCAAAAAUUAAUGACUGCUAUUUUUUAACUAGAAUAUAUGGGGGAAGUCGAUAGAAAAUGCGUACCAUCCCGCGUGUAUCUAAAUUUUUACUGCGUCAUGAUUUUUUAUUAAAAUUUAACCAAAAAAAGUGACAUUUUUCAGUCAUUUUAAUAUUGUGAAAAAACUACUCAUUGUAGAUGAAAACAAUCAACAUACAUACUUGAAAAUACCUGCUAUUUAAGAUUAGAUUUUCUAAAUUAAAAAUUGUUUAUAAACAAAAAACUUAUUUCAAAUUUAACUCGAAAAUAAGCAUUUUUUUCAAUUGUUCAUAAUUACUAAAAUAAACAAUAAAAAUAUUUAAAACAUAUUUCAAAGUAUGAGUUUUUAUGUAGUUACUAUAAAUAUGUGCAGGUAGUACUAUAUGUGCAAAUAUAUGUGGUUGAGUAGAUUUUAAACAAUUCUAUGUGUUUAUCCCAUUUGAGAGAAAAAAAAAAUGGUAAUUUUUAAAUGGAUGUACAGGUGCUUUGUCAAUAUUUAGAGGGCUUUAUUAUAUUUUGGUUUCAUUCUCUUCGUAAGUUCCCAAACUUUCAUGUUUUUAAAAAGUAUAUUCAUUUUUAAUAGGGAACUUGCAUAAAAUUUUAAUUUCGAAAAAAUAUUAUAAAUCACAACAGAACAUAAUUUAAAACAUGUAUCAAAGAUAAAAAAGUUGUUUUUGUUUCGUUUGUAGUGUUUUCUUUUAUUUUCCAUAGUAAACCUUCUUUCCUUUCCUUCAAAAACUGUAUCAAACUCCAAUCUCAACAAACUGGUAUAUAUUAUUACAAUGACAUACGAUAAAUGUCAUUAGAAUAUAAAUUUUUCCCUUAUUCCGCGACGAUGAGCUGGCCAAAUACCCAAGUAGGUGGAGGCCAAUAAACUAAAGAUGAAGAAGAAGAAUAUGCCUAAAUAUAACUAGUGAUGUAAGAAGAGAAUAUUCUUAAGAGAAUAUUCUUGGCUAGAAAGUUAUGGGCGAGAAUUUUCUAUAUUUAAAAAAGCCGAAAUAAAAAUAAAAAUUAAAUACCAGUCAAAUUACUAUAAUUUAAAAAUGUGUAUACUGUUUUUGCCAAUUCACCCAGUAUAUUUUUGCAUCCCAAACAUUAUAGCCGGCCGAGGAAUCACGCGAUUUUAGAUAAAAUCCUCGAAAAUCGAAGUAGCCAUCUUUCUUUUCUUCUUAAGAAGAAAAUUUAAUUUUUUUUAUGAAAUAAAUUUUGUGUUUUCUGUUGUUUUUGUAUUUUUUAUAUAUAAAGAACACUGUUGUUUCGUCUCAUAAUUUUGUAUAUAUAAUUUCAUGAUUUUUAAUACCCUAUUUCAUCUUUAACAAUAUUCCUAAGCACGUCAUAGGGUUCAUUCUCAGAAAAUUCUCCAUAUCGAGAAUAUUUUCGAGAAUUUUCCAACAAUAAAUAUAACCAUAAAGUUCAACUAUGUGACGUCACGGGUCGUUUGAACUAUUUUAAAUCACAGAAGAUUUUAAAUUUAUACUUCUAAGUUAUUAUGAGUUUUGCUCGAAAGUCGAAAUUUUGGAAAUCUUUUUUUUUUAAACAAAACUGAACAUUAUUAUGUAAUAAAAAAAUGUGCAAGUUCCCUAUUGUCGCUUUAAGAGUUGCAUUUUUUGCUUAAAUCUUAAUAAACCAUGACGCAGUAAAAAUUUUGAUAUGCACGUGAUGGUUUGCCUUUUCUAUUGACUUCCCCCAUAUGUUUCAGUUAAAAAAUAGAGGGCAGUAAUUUUUCGAUUUUUUCACUGUUUUUUUGGCUUCGUUUCCUCGGGUAGCCAUACUACAAGAACAGCAACACUGAGAGGCACUAAUAGAUCUUUUAAAUUAGAUAUUAAGGAAACACAACUAAUUUUCCUAAUAGGUUUUGGAAUUUUUAAUGUUUAGGAUCUACUUAGUGUCCUUUAAGAUGUGAAAAGUCUGAUUCAUGUUAAAAUAAGAGCUAGAGUCCAAUCUAUUUCACCUAUUAGCUCUUCGAUUGUAUAGAUAUUUCAGUCCCUGACAGGGAAAUUUCUAAAAUAUACACUGCUUUGAGCGACUCUAUUUAAUUGAUUUUAAAACGGAGGAAUAUAUUUUUGUCUAUUUUAAAAGAUUGAUACUAUAUAGAUACUAGACCACCUGGCAAAUGUAAAUAUGUAUCCAGUUUUUAAAAAAAUAUAAAGUUGCCUUUUCUCCAUUUUUUAUUAGUACAGCUAUUUUAUGAAUUCAACAGCACUUAAUCUAACUCUGGACCUCGGAGGUAAACUACACUAUGUUAUUUCGAUCAACUGUGUUUAGCCUGUGUUUGCAACAAAGUUUAGAGUAUCUAACAAUAAAACACUGAAAACGUUUGUUUUCUAUACUUCCACAAAAUUUAUUACAACUAUGUGACUACAGCUGUUUCGGCAGAGUGCCUUUCUCAAGUAAUUUAGAUUACUAUGGGUUGCCUUUUUAAAGUCUUUAACUGAAGAGGUUGAGGAGUGGGGAGCUGUUUGUCUCAAGUUGGUCAUUCAGAAUUAUAUCUGUAUUUUUCAAUUUAUUAAUUUCCAUAGAUUUUAAUAAAGAUAGCUUAAGGCCUUUAUUCUGAAUAUGCAGAAUUUGAAACUGUCCAUUAAAAGAAUGAUUAUGAUCUAGAAGGUGAAGUGCGUAUGUAGAAGUGUCUGUUUUUCUAUUGUUGAAAGCCCUUUUGUGUUCUGCUAUUCGUUUGUCAAAGGUUCUGCCAGUUUGACCGAUGUAAGUUUUCGGACAGUCACCACAAGUUAGUUUGUAAACACCACUCUGUAGUUGUUUUCUCUUUCGGCUCUUAUUGUUCUUAAUAUAUUUGCUUAAGUUGUUGUUAGUUCUGAAAGCUGGUGUUAUUCCUUUCUUUUUUAUGUAUCUGGCUAUUUUUGUUGUUAUCUUGCCAGUAUAUGCGAUAAAGCAGAAGGUACUGGGUUCUUUCUGUGGUGGUGGAUAGACUAAUUUCAAGGCUUUCUUAUGGAGUUUUUGGUUUAAAAUUUUGUUGAUUGUUUGUUCGUUAUAGCCAUUGUUUACUGCUAUUUGUUUAAUGAUGUCCAGUUCUAUCUCGAUGUUAUAUUUUGACAUGGGAAUUUCUGUCAGUCUAUGUAUCAUGCUAUCAUUGCUAUCAGAUAUAUUUAUGAACCAGCUUGAAACAACAAUUUCUAAACAUCCCGUAUUUAAACAGUUCUUAUAUUGGUGGAGAUACGUGGAUGAUAUACUAGUAUGCUUUACAGGAACCAACAGGCAACUGGACCAAUUUCUAUCACACAUUAAUUCACUUCAUAGUAAUAUUGAGUUUACAAUAGAAACCGAACAGAAUAAGUCCAUAAACUUUCUAGAUGUAACAAUUACCGGACUACACAACAAACAUGAGUUCUCCGUAUAUCAUAAACCUACCCAUACUGACACAACUAUACGCAAUUCAUCAUCCCAUCCUACACAACACAAAUUAGCAGCCUACCAUAGCAUGAUACAUAGACUGACAGAAAUUCCCAUGUCAAAAAAUUACUUCGAGAUAGAACUGAACAUCAUUAAACAAAUAGCAGUAAACAAUGGCUAUAACGAAUAAACAAUCAACAAAAUUUUAAACCAAAAACUCCAUACGAAAGCCUUGAAAUUAGUCACCACCACAAUUCACCACCACAGAAAGAACCCAGUACCUUCUGCUCUAUCACAUAUACUGGAAAGAUAACAACAAAAAUAGCCAGAUACAUAAAAAAGAAAGGAAUAACACCAGCUUUCAGAACUAACAACAACUUAAGCAAAUAUAUUAAGAACAAUAAGAGCCGAAAGAGAAAACAACUACAGAGUGGUGUUUACAAACUAACUUGUGGUGACUGUCCGAAAACUUAUAUCGGUCAAACUGGCAGAACCUUUGACAAACGGAUAGCAGAACACAAAAGGGUUUUCAACACUAGAAAAACAGACACUUCUACAUACGCACUUCACCUUCUAGAUCAUAAUCAUUAUUUUAAUGAACAGUUUCAUAUUCUGCAUAUUCAGAAUAAAGGCCUUAAGCUAUCUUUAUUAAAAUCUAUGGAAAUUAAUAAAUUGAAAAAUACAGAUAUAAUUCUGAAUGGCCAACUCGAGACAAACAGCUCCCCACUCCUCAACCUCUUCAGUUAAAGACUUUAAAAAGGCAACCCAUAUCUAAAUCACUUGAGAAAGGCACUCUGCCGAAACAGCUGUAGUCACAUAGUUGUAAUAAAUUUUGUGGUAUAGAGAACAAACGUUUUCAGUGUUUUAUUGUUAGGUAAAAUGAACUUCCAUCAAGUAACGGUCGAAUCCAUCAAUUAUUUAAAGUUUAGAGCACUUAGUAUGUUAAUAAAAAUCUGAUAUAUCGCAAGUAAUUGGUUGAAAGACAAUAUGACCAAAUGACCAUAUUUUAAUGAUAAUAUAUAACCAAUUUGUAUAAUCCAACUAAUAAAAUAAGUGGAUUAAAGGAACUUGUUCAAAAUAACACCAUGUCGACAUAGUGUAGUUUACCUCCGAGAUCCAGAACUGUAGAGCUCUAAUCUCAUAGUCAUUGUCCGAGUUAGUAAGUAUUUAUAAUAAUCGUUCUUCUGACUAUUUCAUCUCCUUCAGAUGCAAAUUGUAGUUUUGGAAACUGCACCAUGAAAAAGUUCUGCCUAUGAGCUGCCAAACCACUUCCUCGAGUCCUUGAACUAUGAAUUUUGGCAUAUUCCUACUGACCUUAUACCCUCUAUUAUGGUCGAAGUAUUAUCAUUCACUUCUUAAUACUUGUCUUAGAUACUACAUUUUUCUUUCUUUUACAGUGUUGUAACACAUUCGAUGCCCAUUUUGAACAAGCGCCACUUGGCUGGUACCACAUACUUAAAUCGUUAAGUUAGUAACACAGUAUAACUGAAGACACUUACGCGCCAUCGGUACCUUUGAUAAAACCUUCGUGGCGCUACACGUGCAUCAUGGGCACCGAACGUGUUAAUAGUUCUUUUUGUUUGCUCAUGCGUGGAGAACUUCAUUGUUGAUGAUCUUUUGUAUUCAUGAAAUUAGCAAUAUCCUUGCGUAUACCUAAAUUUCACAGUAUCCACAUAGGUUCCAAUUACAGAUUGAACAUGAGUGGCGAAAGGACACAGCCCUGUCUCAUUCCUCACUUAUUUAAAACUUAUUUUGUCAGGUGGUGUUUUUAACGAUACAUGUUAUAUUUUUGAAAUUUUUACGUCAGAUUCUAGGCCACACUCUGUUUUUUCUUCGACCGAAUUUAAAUGUUCUGCAAUGAUAAAGACAUUAUCAUUUCAUUAAUUUUUAUUCAUAUUAUUUACGAUUAACCAAGCAUAUAUGUAUAAUUUAUAAUAUUUCAGUGAUAUAUGAAGUGUGUAAUAAAUACUUUAGUCAAUUAAAUGAACUUGAACGAUAAGUGACAUCCAUGACAUCAUUGGAAAGAUACAUAAUUUUUGGAAUCAUACUUUGUAUAUCAUUAUUUUUGUUUUUCUUUUUACAGUAUUUCCUCGCAUUAUUGUACUCAACUACACAAAAAUUGGUCAUUGCAAAGCCCCGACACCAGUAAUUUAACGUUUUUAGUAGAUUAAAAAUAAUUUGCAAAGAUAUUCACAUGAACUAUGUCAAUAACAUUCAUAAUACGCUCAUUUUUUUCUCUAUCAACAAUUGUUUCUUAAUGUCUCUGUUGUAGGUGUUUCCUGAUUAUUGGAUGGUAUCUUGCCAUUUUUCAUAAUUGCGUUCCAAUUAUUCAAAUUGUCUUACUUUUUGGAAUAAUUGAUGAAAUUUUUUACGCACCUUUAUCUGAAAAUACGAACCAGUACGCCAGUGCGGCUAAUAUUAAUAUGUGGUUCAUAUUUUCAGAUAAAUGUGCGUAAACAAUUUCAUCCAUAGGUCGCUGGUUCAUAUCCGGAUCGAAGGACCACUAUGUUUGUUUAUACGAAGUUUGAAGUAAGGUUGAUUGGGGGUUGUAAUAAAUCGCUUCGCACUUGUUAAUAUUUUUGAAUUUAAACGUUUAUUGAGUAUGUAUAAAGAAAUUAGAUAUGUAACAGUAUUAAAAAUAAGAAGGUUAUAUGCGUGUUGCUUCUCUGAAUGUUUUGACUCGAAUGGGUUCUGGAAUCUGCCUUUGGUGAACUUCGACCUUCAGUCCCGUCUGCUUGAGAGCGCGGGGUAGUAAAAAAUUAACCACAUGUUAAUAUUAGCCGCAUUGGGUACUGGUUCGUAUUUUCAGAUAAAUGUGCGUAAACAGAAAUAUGUCAUCAAAUGCAUUUUAUGGGAUUGUUUGUUUUUUUUUUAUAUAUAUAUAUUAGGUUCCCCUAACUUUGGCAAUUACAUUGGCGAGAUGUUCACGGUCUUAAGCUAAUCUGUACAGUUGUUUGGAAGUACUUAUUCAUUGUCCAAUCACGAAUAUUCUUGAGUCAUGACAUCUGGUUCCUUCCAAUUCUUCUGCGGGCCUCGAUUUUACCUUUCUUGAUAAGCUGAAGGAUUCUGUAUAUGUUGAUGGUCAUAUAAUUCAAGAGUACCCAGUUGUAAAUAUCUUGGUUGCCAUAUUACUGAACAACUAGAUCCAGAUAAAGAGAUAAAAUGUAGAAUCGAGAUAGCCCGCACGACAUUUUAAAAAAUGAGGUCAUUCUUCUGUGAUGAUAACUUUCAACUUCGAAAGCGCAUGAUUAAAUGUUACAUUUGGUCAGUCCUCUUGUAUGGUGUCGAAGCAUGGACAUUAAAAAUAUCCACCAUUAAUCGUUUGGAGGCCUUUGGAAUGUGACUGCACAGACGUACACUGAAAAUACCAUGGACGGGCUAUGCUGACAAAUGUUGCAGUCCUUAAGAGAGCAAAUGCUGCCCGCGAGCUGCUUGAUAACAUCAAAUAUAGAAAGAUGGCCUAUUUUGGACACGUAGUAAGGGUAGACCGGUAUAAUAUUCUUCAACUUAUUAUGAUGGGUAAAAUCGAAGGACGCAGAGGAAUUGGUAGAAAGCAGGCCUCUUGGUUGAAGAAUAUCAGGGAGUGGACAGGAAUAAAGAAAGCAGAACAACUAUUUAGAAUAGCUCUAGACAGAGACAGUUUCGCCAUGUUAAUCGCCAACGUCAAGGGGACGUUAAGAAGGAGAUUCUGUAUCGAUUUCCUCUAAGAACAUGUCCUAGGUAUGAAUUUUUUCUUAUUUUAAUAGUUUUCAGUAACUCACGAACGACAUUUGCUCUUCCAGACCAGCUUCAGUUGGUCUCAAUGGUUGUCCAGGGUAUUUGCAGUAUUUUUCUAUGCACAGGGCCGCUUUAUCCAUUAGGCAAUAUAGGCAGCUGCCUAGGGCGGCAAAUUAUGAGAGGGCGGCAAAAAUACUGUACAAAAAAAUAUUUGUAUAUAAAAAUUAAAAUCGAAUAACAUUUAAGUACAUCCAUCAAUGGAAUAGAAGUGGGCAUUCAUUUCUAGAAAACAAAUUUCGAUCUCUCUUUAACACUAUUCGUUCAAAAAGGACGGAAGUCGUAAAUUUAGGGAUUACUGGGCCGCCGCGCCGGCAGUACCGCAAAGGCCAUUGAACACUUCAAUGUAAAUGUAUUUUGCACAUUAGGCAGAAACUAAAGACUUGAUUUGGUUUGAUUUAUACUGAAACUUGGUGAAACUAGGUGGUCCACAAGGGCGGAUGCAACUGAAGUGUUAUAUCUCUAACGACGAAUGUCAAACUGCAGCUGUAAAACAUCAAGCUCUUUCUAUAUUUGAAAAAAAUGGACUUUAUUAGCUGUGAUUUGGCAACAUAUUUUAGAAAGAGUGAACCUAUCCAAUAAAUAUGUCCAGAAUCCUGCAAUGGAUCUGGGUUCUGUCGUUAAAGAGUAUGAAGCUCUUUCAAAUUACUUUAUCUCAAUCAGAAAUAAUUUUGCCAUUUAUGAAGAGGAAGCCAAAAAAUUGUUCCCAAAUAAAACAUAUACAGAAAUAAGAAAGAGAAAAAGAAAAAUUCAAUUUGACGUGGGGGCCCAUGAUGAACUAAACUUAUCAGCUAGCUGUGAGAUGAAAAUCCACACAUUCUAUAUUAUAAUCGACACUCUGAUGAGAGAUCUGAAUAGACGUCUGGAAUCUUAUCGCCUUAUUUGCCAACGUUUUCGUGUUAUAACAGAUUUGCCAAAAUUAAACAAUAAAUUAAUUAUUAAAGAAGCUGAAAAUCUGAUACAAAUUUAUAAAGAUAACCUAGAUACAUCAUGCAUCAACAUACAUGAAUGCAUUCACUUAAAGGGUCAUUUGGAUACCACAAUAAAAGCACCAAUUGACAUAUCUAAAUAUUUAAAGAAGAGUGGAUUGAAAGAUAUUUUCCCUAAUUUUUCCAACGUGUCCGCUGAACAGUCAUUUUCGAAAAUGUCAAGAAUUGAAAAUAAUCUCCGAUCAAGUAUGACGCAAGAACGUCGUAACAAUUUGUCGAUUUUGUCCAUAGAAAGUGUCGUAACAAAGGCGAUAAAUUAUGACGACAUUACAGAUGAUUUUGCCAAAGAAAAAUCGAGAAAGAAAUCUCUGAUGUGAUCGAACUGUAAUGACAAUUUUUUCUGUUAUAUGUAUAUAAACAUCGUAGUUUCAAUCCAUUUUUAGUGUAUUCUUAUUUAAAUAAAAAAUUCUGCUUGCAAUUUUUUUUUCAAAAAUGGUACAUGUUUGAAGGGCGACUACUAGAGAAUUGCCUAGGGCGUCAGUUGACCUAAAUGCGGCCCUGUCUAGGCAACCCUACCUCAGAUACCUUUGGGAGAUUUAUCGUAUCAGUCUUCAGAGUCAAGGUCUCAGUGCUAUGUAAUAUUAUAAUAUUACUAACCAAACAUAGCAUUUGGUCCAAUAACUGUUGAAGGCCUUGGGAAUUGUCAUAUAAAAUAGCAGUGUCAUCAGCGUAUUUAAGCUUUUUGAUCCGUUUCUACAUUGAUUUUCACUUUAAAGUCUUUAUCUUGCAGAGCCUGUUUAAAAAUUAUAUCCGAGUAGAUAUUAUAUAACAGCGGGGAUAGAAUGCAUCCCUGUCUGACGCUUCUUUGAAUGUAACAUUCGUUGGCUAAUCUCCCAUUGACUCGUAUGAUUGCUUUCUGCUUCCAGUGUAUGAAUUAGUGUUAUAAUGAUAGCAAAUUUUCGCAUUUUCAAGGGUUUCCUUUUUUCUUUCCGUUGUUUUUCGUCUAGUUCGGACAGAAAAUCAAGACGAACAUGUUUCUUUAGUUGUUUUUGACGUGGUGAUGGGUAUAAAUAAAUAGCUGUCUGUAUACAAAUGAAAUGCCUAAAGUAUGUGUGCUUAUCGACGCCAGUGAUGUAAUAAACUCCAUCGCCUGUGAACUUCUUAGAAGUUAAUGUUUUAGAAAACUACAUAUUCAUAUGUAGGCACAAUAUUAUUGUUGUCUGAUAUAACGAGGUAAUUAGUCUGUCAUUUCAGUUCUCGUUUAGAAGGAGUCUACUGUACUUUUAGUUUUGUGUUCUAAACUGGAUUCAAAGUGUUUACGAAGUAUAGAGACUAUAUUGUAUUAAGAGAUUUUUUAGUUUGUGGUUGUUACUUUACUUGAAAUAUACUUUUCGAACAAAUAAAUUUUAUUACAAAAUUCAUUUUUUAACCCGUUCUCGGCUCUUAAUAUUGUAAUUGGCGCAGCCAAUAGUAUUUUUCCAGAAUUUUAUACUAUUUUCAGACAAAAUUUUAUGACCAAAAAAUAGACUAUUUUCAGACAAAACAGACCAAAUUUUGUGUUGUUGAGUGUAUUUUGUUAUUAGUAGUAACCUGCUCUUCGAGACAUUAGGAUGUUAUAUUUAUUAAAAUAAAAUUUUGUUGUUCACUUAAUUGAGGGCUCCAAAAAUUUCAUUUUAUUUGAUGUAUAUUUGUUACUUAUUUUAAAAUAAAGUUUUUAUAUUUU